GCAUGCGCAGUCCCGGCUCGGCGAGCCGUGAUUUGUGUGGCGCAUGCGCAGCCGCCAUUUUCCUGCAGCCGCUGCCGACUGGACGGAGGCCCGAAAGGCUGCGGAUGUUACAAAAGGAUUUGCAAACGGGAACCUUGAAUCAAGCAUCACACAACCAAAUCAACUAAUCGUCAGCACUGCAGUGUGGGAGGCUUUUUGCUCGAAAUGUCUGGUUCCAGGGUGUUAGAAGGAUAGAAUUAGCAAUCGGGAAGCUAAAAGCAAGCGUCACGUCAGGAUCUGCUGAAGUUCCCCAAUUUAUCGUGACUUGGACCUCGAUGGAUAUUGAACAUGGAGGGCAAAAGUACUGUUGACAGUGAGGAGAAACUGUUCAUGUGUUCUGUGUGUGAUCAAGGCUUUAGCCGAUCAUCUGACCUGUUUGAACAUAAAUGCAGUUACAGUAGGGAGAAACAGUGUAGGGAUUGUGAGAUUGGAUUUAGAUCCCAGUCUGAGCUGGAAAGUCAUCGACGUAGUCAUGUUGGGGAGGGGCUGUUAAUCUGUUCCAAGUGUGGAAAGGGAUUCACUUCCUCUUCCACCUUGCAGACACAUCAAUGUGCUCACACUGAUGAGGGACCAUUUAAAUGUCCAGACUGCAGCAAAUGCUUCGUGAGUUCUUGGGAUCUGAUUUUCCACCAAAGUGUUCACGCUGAUGAGAGACCAUUUGGGUGUUCUCAUUGUGGGGCUGACUUCAAGUCGUCAUCUGACCUCGCUGCACACGAGUUAGUUCACACUGGGGAGAGGCCAUUCAGCUGUUCAGAGUGUGGGAAGGGAUUCACACGAACGUCUCAUCUACUGAGACACCAGCGAGUUCACACUGGCCAGAAACCAUUCACUUGCUCCCAGUGCGGGAAGGGAUUUGCCCAGUCGUCCCACCUGCUGAGACACCAGCGGGUUCACACCGGGGAGAGACCGUUCACCUGCUCUGAUUGUGGGAAGAGAUUCGCUCAGUCAUCCACCCUGCUCGCACACCAAAGACUUCACACUGGGGAGAGGCCGUUCGUCUGCUCAUUGUGUGGGAAGGGAUUCGCUCAGUCAUCCAAGCUGUUGAUACACCAGCGGCUUCACACUGAUGAGAGACCAUUUCAGUGCCCAGACUGUGGAAAGUGCUACAAAAGUUCUGGGGAACUGAUGUCCCACCAGCUUGUUCACACUGACGAGAGACCGUUCAGGUGCUCUCACUGUGGCACUGGAUUCAAACGAUCAUCUGACCUCACAGUACAUCAGCGAGUUCACACUGGGGAGAGGCCGUUCACCUGCUCAGACUGCGGGAAGGAUUUCACUUCCUCAUCCACUCUGGUGAUACACCAGCGAAUUCACACCGGGGAGAGACCAUUCAUGUGUUCUGAGUGCGGGAGGGGAUUCACUGAGUUAGCCAGCCUAGUGAAACAUCGGAGUACUCACACUGGUGAGAAGCCGUUCAUCUGCACUGAGUGUGGGAAGGGAUUCAGUCGGUCAUCUACUCUGGUGAUUCACCGGCGGGUUCACACUGGGGAAAGGCCUUACACAUGCUCAGAGUGUGGUAUGACAUUCACUCAGUUAUGCAGUCUGUUGAGACACCAGCGGGUUCACACUGGGGAGAGGCCAUUCAUCUGCUCAGAUUGUGGGAAGGGAUUCACUCGGUCAUCUGCCCUGCUGAAACAUCAGAAAAGUCAUAAGUAAACUGUAGUCUAUGGAUUUUGCUGUUAAUCACAUCCAGGCCUGUGUCACGUUCACUUGGAUACGUUUCUGUUGAUGUUGGUAAACUCCAGUGCAUUUAAAGGGGUUAAUAUCAUGGAUAAAGGUUGAAUAAAGUAACUUAGUUCUAAAUUCA